CUCACCCCUCCUGUCGACUUCUUCACCAUGGCCUCCCCACAAGUCCACCACCUCUUCCACGCCCCCAUCUCCGACCACUCCUUCUCCGCCGACCACUCCACCCUCGCCGUAACCCGCGACAACGCCGUGGAACUCUACGCCUCCACAGGCAGCGGCUUCAAACUCGCCGACGAACUCCGCGGCCACGACAAGACCGUCACGGGCGUAGAUAUUGCUCCCAACUCCGGCCGCAUCGUAACCUGCUCUCAAGACCGCAAUGCCUACGUCUGGGAACCUUCUGCGACUGGACAGUGGAAACCCACACUCGUCUUGUUGAGAAUCAAUCGUGCGGCGACAUGUGUGAGAUGGAGUCCAAGCGAGACCAAGUUCGCCGUGGGGAGUGGAGCUCGGAUCAUCGCCAUCUGCUACUUUGAAGAGGAGAACGACUGGUGGGUUUCGAAACACCUCAAGAAGCCGCUCCGCAGCACCGUCACUUCGGUAGCAUGGCAUCCCAACUCUGUCCUCCUGGCCGCGGGAUCCACAGACGGACACGCGAGAGUCCUGUCCUCGUUCAUCAAGGGCAACGACGAGAGACCGGAGCCCUCGGCGUGGGGUGAGAGACUACCGUUCAACACCGUUUGUGGGGAGUACCUCAACUCCACCGCUGGGUGGGUGCAUAGCGUAGCCUUCUCACCUUCAGGAAACGCACUGGCCUUUACGGCCCACGACAGCAGUAUCACGGUCGUCUACCCCUCCGCUCCCGAACAGCCGCCUCAAGCUGUCAUCAGCAUCGCGACCCAGCUCCUGCCGUUCGCGGACAUGCUCUGGAUCAGCGAGUCGGAGAUCGUGUGUGCAGGAUAUGACUGCGAGGUGUACAGAUUCAGUGGGGAUGUAGGCGGCUGGAAAUUGACGGGUUCGUUGGAGAAGAGCAGUGCUGGAGCUGGUGGUCCGGCGAAAGAAGAGAGCGCGUUGAACAUGUUCAGGUCGAUGGAUCUGAAGGGACGGAGCGGAGGGAAUGUGGAUGACACCAAGUUGAGGACGGUGCAUCAGAAUACUGUCAACAGUGUGCGGGCGUAUGAAGGUGGUGGGAGUGGGCAGGUUACGAAGAUUAGUACGGCGGGUGUGGAUGGGCGGGUUGUUGUUUGGGGACUUUGAGGGCUCGGUGGGUGUCGAAUGUCCGCUGAUCAGAGACCCGGCAGUCGAGAACGCGCAAGAGCGCAUGCGUCGAACCUCAUACCAGCGCAAGCUGCCACAAAAUGAAAGUCUGAAGCGAGAUCUCGCCCUUUGAAGAG